AUGGCGGGUUAUCUAAAUCAGCUAUGGGAUGACUUGGAACAAUCGCCAGACCGGCCGCAGUACCUACCUCUUGCAGGCACCUUCUCAGAUGCAGGGUCCAGCUCGUCGAUAUCACACUUGCAGCAUAGCGCACGGUAUCCGCUGCAGCUCCCUCACCAGCAGCAAUUUGUGCACCCUGAGCAGCUUUUUCAGCAGCCAACUCCACUUAUACCACUUAGCGCUGUGGAGGGCUUGCAUUCACACGAGCCAUAUACCAGCUCAGCAUUCCAAGAUCCGUUCAACAGAGCAUUCAUCAGCAACCAGCCCGUCGUUCACGAAGGCUAUAUCCCAGCACCCGAUACGCGAGAUGAGGAUUUGUACCCACACCUGCCUGAUGAAUACCGCGAGUCGCUGUUCCAAGAUUACGAUGACAGCUCUGAUGAGAGCGAUUUCGAGCGCAGGCUCGCCGAGGCUGAAGAGCUGCGCGAGAUAGAAGAGAAAGACGAUCCGGAGAUCGACGCAGAUUACUCUGAAGAAGACGCCGAACAGGACGAAGGCGAUCCUAAUGAGAUGGAAAUUGACGAAAGCUAUGUCGAAGAGCGAGCCAAGCCUAGAGCCAAACGAGGCAGAUCAAGCGCCCGGGGAACCCGUGGGGGGCGGCGGGGGAGACCUCCUGGCCGGGGACGUGGUGGCUUCCAUAGUUCGGCCUCUACUCGUGGUAGACUGCGUGGGAGGAAACCUGGACGUCCUAGCGGAAAGCGAGGGCCUCGUGCAAUCGCUGACCCCGGGCCAGAGUUCAGGAACUUGCAACGAAGCGCCAAUGAGAGGUUCAUUGCUCGCGAUUACCCUGCAGCUCUCGAGUAUGGACAAAAAGCUGUUCAGCUCAAUCCAGAGAUCUUCGAUGCCCACAACAUUGUAUCCGAAAUCUACGCAGCGAUGGGCGAAGAACUGAAGUCCAUAGAAUCUUUGAUCAUCGGCGCACCGACGAAGCGUGACCCUGAGCUGUGGCAUCUUAUCAUCGAGCGCAUUAAGAAGCUGGACACGACAGAUCACCCCAACUACACGGAAGAGGUGAAGACAGCCGUCAUCUUGCAGUGUCUCAAGUCUAUCAUCGCGCUUGAUGUGACGAACUACGAGGCUCGCAGUCUGAAACUAGAAAUUGAAGCCCGCUUGGGACAUGUCUCAAAAUGCGUGAAUCUCGGUACCAAGAUGCUGAAAACACUCAGAGAGCAGAAGCAGGACCCCGAUACCGAAGUUUUGAAGAUAAUGGCUAUGAUGGGUACUUCGACAGCAAAGCAGACGAAGCGCCAUCUAACCAAGAUCAUCGAAGAGUUUGACCAAGCCAUCGAAACCUACACAGGACCGGGGAGGGAUCCCAGGACAAGUGACCUGGACUGGGAGUUGAUCAAUAUCUAUCUCGACUUGCUUGAUAGAACUGGCAAGUACGAGUAUGCUCUGAAGCGUCUCAAGGAUCUGUCACGAUGGAAGCAGGGGAGAAGGAACGAGACGUACUGGGACGAACAGAAGGACGAUCGUGAGUUUGACCUCGAGGACACACCGAGACGUGUGGAGGUCUUCGACUUCAAGCGCAAAUCCAAGUCGGCAAAGUAUGGCGAAGCACUCCCACUGGAGAUUAGAGUCAAGAUGGGGUUGUUCAGAUUGCGUAACAGCGCGGAUGACUAUUCUGAGGCAAUGCAACACCUUGAGAUGCUCGGACCAGACGACAAGAGCCCCGAUGCGCUUAUGUGGGACUACCUAGAUCUAUUUCGUGUCAUUGCGGACGCCCUCCACUCUACAGGACAUGAUACCGAGGCUUUGCGUUUUUAUGAGCCACUACUCGAGAGUAAUUCCAGCGAGAUGAGCCUCAUGAGCUACCUCGGACUUUAUACGGUUUACAAAAACCUCAACCAGCCUGAAAAGGCAGAACAAAUCAUUCCAAUACUCAUCGGAUGGACGGCCGACACUGUAGACGAUCUUGCCGUGUUGGCCAAGUUCUUCGAGGUGCACGGCAUGCCGACAGAGGCAAUGGAACGUGCAGACGCGUGCUACAGAAAUCGAGGUCUAGUCAAGCUACGCAGGAUCGGGUUCUCAAGAUUGCGCGAGAUCAGGAGUCACUACGAAGAUUGGAGAAGGAAAUCUCGCGGCAAUCAUGGCAAGAAGAAGAGCGCGAUCAAGAAGCAGAGGAAGAUGAUGAAGAAGGCGAUCGCAACUCUCGAGGACGAGGACGAGGACGAAGACGAAGACAACGAAGCCGGUGAUAAAGAACGACCAUCCCUUGGACCACUGAAGGAACGCCCAGCGAAAGGUCUGUUCCGGACGAGAAGGCUUGCACCAAAGCCUCCUAAAGCCCAGACCUUCCUCCCUUUCGAUGCUCAAGCCCAGCAGGGAUCGAUACCGACAAAAGCACGCACGCCUGAGCCAAGCACUCUUGAAGGGACGGACGUGCCAAUGGAAGCUAUAGAUCAUCGCCUUUUCCGCAAGAAGCUGCAAAAGCUGGUGGAGGACAACGCCGAUGACCUGACGACCGCUCGAGCUCAACACCGCGAGAUAGUCGCAAGCUUCCAACAGUUGGAUGCUGUCUACGAAGCAGCAGAAGAUGGCGACGAGAAGGCGAUCAACACCGUCUUCUCCAUCACUCGUGAACUGAUUGAAGAGUUCUCGACAUUUGAUCUCUUUUACGCCGACAAAAAGGAAGACUUCAAAGGGUACUUCCGCCGCAUCGGUGCAGGCGAGAUCUGGAAGGAGUCCGCAUUGAUGGUCUUGGCGGUUGUCGCAAACAACGUCGAAGACGGCGAGACCGACCCUGAGCUUCGCGAAAAGCCAGAAGCACCCCCUCAUGACUUCUGGGGCAUCGACUUUGACAAGUGGUGUGAUGCUUUCGGGCGUUACGCCCUUCUCCUCGCCCGUUCAGGAGACGACACACGCUGCUUCAGCACGCUCGAUAUUGCGCUCCAGUCCAACAUCUUCUCGCGCUCCAUCUCCUUCCACCGCUCCCUCGAACUCUGCCGCCUAGCUUGUGCUCUGGCAGUCGACUCCUCCUCGCAAGCCUCUACCUCUAUCCGCUGGUUCCUUAAAGAAUACCCCUUCGGCUCUGAUCUCUUCCGCUUGUACUCCUGCGUCAACCGGCUAGUCUCCUUCCCCGAGGGCUACUCAACCGGCCCUGCGCACAAGGUGCUGAUGCGGUACAUCAAAACCAUGGAUUACGCCCUUCUCUCCCCAGAGCAGCGCGUGUGGUACAACUUCCGCUCGAAUGAGAAGAUGGGCUGGGCCCGGAACGGAGUGAAUACGCAGACGGUGGACGCUGUCAAAGACCACGACCCAGCUCUUUUCGCGCUCUACGCUCAUGUGCUCAUAUGCGGCGGCAGCUACCUGGCGGCGCUGAACUACUACUUUCGCGCACUUAGCCUCACGCCCAACGAUGCCAUGCUCAAUCUGAGCAUAGGCACAGCAUACAUCCAACACGCGAUGAAGCGCUUGAGCGAGAACCGCCAAUUCCAGAUCCAGCAAGGGCUGUCUUUCGUGUACCGAUACUACGACCUCCGCACCAGAUCCGGCAGCGCGACACUCCAGCAGGAAGCAGAGUUCAACGUCGGCCGCAUAUGGCACAGUCUGGGGCUUGUGACGCACGCGCUGCCCAGCUACGAGCGGUGCAUUGCGCUAUCCGACAGUGUCACGAGAGAAGCAGGCGAGAAGCUGCAGAGUGGGGCGUCCAGGCACGAAGACUUUGCGACCGAGGCGGCCUUUGCAAUGCAGAGCAUUUACGCCGUGAGUGGGAACUUGACGGCGGCGAGCAAGGUCACGCACGACGUUCUUGUUCUCGAGUAA